GAGUCCUCUAGCUUUUUUGUUCCUGCCUCUUGAACUUUCCAGCAUAGAGAGAGGUGAUUUUGGGAAUUAUAGGAUGUCCUACUUAUCGUUUCAGAUUCUGAGACCAGGAACAAGAUGAAGGAAUGGAAGGCAAAGAUUAAAAUUUCUGAAGAAAAAGAUUCAGCGAGGGCUGUAUCAAGAAAAUCCCAAGGACAGUUCUCCCAAGAAUGUAGGUUAGUUGAAACCAGUGAGCCUGAGGACAGGUCAUUGAGGCACUGGGUAAGCCCCUUAGAGGAUGCAGUGAGACAGACCCCUUCCCAGGAGAGAGGUAUCAAGGAAGUGAAUCUCAUCCCCAAGAAAGCCAUUGCAGGAGAAAGGGGCCAUGGACGUAAUGAAGGAGGGAAAAUACUUUCUGCCAGAGAAAGAUCUCACAGAUACGAGGUCUGUGGGCAGAGCUUCAAACAGAAGUCGGAAGUAACUGAGCAUCAGAAAAGUGAUAAUAUCAAGAAAACCUAUGAAUGUAAGGAAUGUGGAAAAACUUUUAAUAAUAAUUCUCUGAUUAUACAUCAGAGAAUUCAUACAGGAAAAAAAUCAUAUGUAUGUAAUGAAUGUGGGAAAGACUUUAAUCAAAGUUCAAAUCUUAUUAUACAGAGAAUUCAUACAGAACCUUAUAUACGUUGCAAAUGUGGGAAAGACUUCGAUCAGAGCUCUAAUCUGCUUAGACAUAAGAGAAUUCACAGCGGUGAGAAUCCCUAUGAAUGUAAAGAGUGUGGGAAGGCCUUCAGGGGAAGCUCAAACCUUGUCCUACACCAGAGAAUUCAUAGUGGAGGGAAGCCAUAUAUAUGUAAUGCAUGAGGGAAGGCCUUCAGUCAAAGCUCAGAUCUUAUAAUACAUCACAGAAUUCACACAGGAGAGAAACCCUAUGAAUAUUAUGAAUGUAGACAAACCUAAAGUUCACACCGUGUCAUACAUCAGCAAAUUUAUACUGGAGAGAAACCCUUCAAGUGUAAUGAAUGUGAAAAGGCCUUCUGGCAGUGUUCAUGCCUCACUGAACACCAGAGACUCCAUAGUGGGGAGAAACCCCAUGAAUGUUGUGAAUGUGGGAAAUCCUUCAGUGGGCGCACAGCUUUCCUUAAACACCAGAGCCUGCAUACUGGAAAGGAACUUGGGUGUGAAAAAGCCUGCACUUCUGGCUUGCACCUUAUCAAACAACAGAGAAUUCAUAGGGAAGAAAAACCUUAUGAAUGUACUGAGUGUGGGAAAACUUUCCGGGGAAGUUCAGAUCUAAUUCGGCAUUGGAUAAUUCAUACUGGAGAGAAACCCUAUCAGUGCAAAGAAUGUGGGAAAGCCUUCCAGCAGCGUUCACUCCUCAUUCAACAUCAGAGAAUCCACAGUGGUGAGAAACCCCAUGAAUGUAGGGAAUGUGGAAAACCCUUCACCUGGCACACAGCUUUUCUCAAACAUCAGAGACUUCAUACUGGAGAGAAACUUGAAGAACGUAAGACAACAUUCAGCAAGGAUGAGUUGUUUAGAGACGAGCAUAGAAUUCACCAAGAAGAGAAAGUUUAUCAGUGUAAUCAGUGUGGUAGAACUUUCGGAGGCAGCUCAAACCUCAUCACUCAUCAUUUAACUCAUAUGGGAGGGAAACCAUAUGAAUGUAAAGAAUGUGGGAAAACUUUCAAUCAGAGCUCAGACCUUAUGAGACAUUAUAGAAUUCAUAGUGGAGAAAAACCUUAUGUCCGCAAUAAAUGUGGGAAAUCUUUUAGGGGGAGCUCAGAUCUUAUUAAACACCAUCGUGUUCAUACUGGAGAGAAACCCUAUGAGUGCUUCAAAUAUGGGAAGGCCUUCAGUCAGAACUCACACAUUAGUCACCAGAGACUUCACACUGGAGAGAAACCCUUUGAAUGUUGCAGCUGUGGGAAGGCCUUCAGUGGGUGCACAGCUCUUCUUAAACAUCAGAAACUUCAUGCUGGAAAGGAAUCGGGGAGUGUGAGAGAGUCUUCAAAUAGGAUUUAUUUUAAUAGGUAACAGAAACCUAAUGAAUGUAGGAAAAGCCUGGUGGAGACCACAUCUCAUUGCACUACAGAGGAUUUUUAUUAAUGAAAACCGUUUGAAAAAAAGAGUCCUACUGGAUGGAAAACAUAUAAGUGUAAUCAGGUGGAAAGCUCUUAGACAUAAUAGCCUUUUUUCUGCCUCAGAAUUGACAUGAGUUUGGUCCCCAGGAUAUAAUUACUUGAGAAUGUUUUAGGCAACUUCUGUUGUUACUAAAAUCAUUAGAAAUCACUUCGGCAACAGCCUCAGAACUAAAUUCUUUGUGAAAGGAGCCAUUUCAAUCUUGACUACCUAGUCCAGUGGCAAGUAUAAAUCUGUUCUAAGUACUUUAGGGUGAUCAAAUCUUUCUCUGGAAAGAGACAGGCCUUUAGGUAUGUGUUUUACACACAUUCCCUAUUUUCUUCUAUAUAAAAAUAUGUGUAUGCAUAUGUGAAAUGCUAGAGUGAACCACUAAUUGAGAGGAAACAAAAAAUAGAAGUGACUUGACAACGGGAUUACUGAAGGCCGGGACAUAAGAGCUGAGGAGUUUCCCCAGAGAAACAGUAAUGACUACUGUUCAUAUCAGGAAAUGAAAGAGCAAGGGAUAGGAGAACAGCAGGUUUGGGGACUAGGGUAAGACUGAGUGCCAGGGUGGAGUGUUCAGGUGACAGGAGUUGGUGGGAAUUAGAAGCAUCUGCUAUGGAAGGUCAGGAGAUUAUAGGGAGAGUGAUUUUGUCUUGAACUGGACUUUAUAAUUGGGCACAGCUUACUUGAGAAUUGGGGAAUCUAAGAACUCUGAAGAGAGGUCAUCAUUUAAGCUUCCAACUAAUUUGGUAAUUAGGCCCUGCCUAUCUGUGCAGUCAAACUCAGUCCUCAAAUAUUUCUUGUGCUCUGAACUACUGGCAGAUUGUAUAUGAAGAAAGCUACUGAAAUGCAUUGUGAGAGAAGCUUGUGAGACCAUGGAAGGGAUCAGUGGUUCUCAGUUGG